UCUCCACCUCCUCGUGGUGCCGGUUGGAAAUGACCUUAAUUGGUUGGCUAACGGAGAAGGCAACUCAGAGCCGGCCCUUACUUUUAGUAGUUGGGGUCGGCAAGGUCCGUGGUCCACCUUUGGACAAAAUAAAGUACCACAAGAGAAGGACACUCUUAAAAACCAGCUAGAAUUUGCUUCAAAAUCAAACAUGGACAGUUUUAAAAAAUACAAAGUUACCCCCCCAGAGGUCUCGGGUACUCAGGGGGCGGCAGGAGUGAGUGGGAAUGAUGGUGUAAAAACCGGACCUAAUGUAGCGGGCUCACUCCGGUCGUCAUCCAGCGACCGUGAACGGAGAGAAGAAGAAAAAGACCUGCGAGCGGCAGAAGAAGAAGAAGAAAAUAUUGCGUUAGCCCGACUACAGCAACUUGGGCCAUUUAGUCUGUGUGACGAGAUGGAUACAAGAAUGAUGAAGAUUUGUGAAAGGCUGGAGAGGCACCUUACCCAAGGCCAAUCUCCCAACGUAACAAAGGAGCUUAUUGAGGAAACGAUAAAUAAUAUAAAGGUAUUAGACCCAAUCCUCAUCACCCUUAGGGAUGAGAUUUGGAAAAUCGACCAAGAGCUGGUAGAUGCAACCAAUCGGGAAAAGGAAAGGGUUUAUUACGCGAGCAAAACAAUCGAUGUCGGGGUGUCAACAGAUCUCAUCACCGAAAAAGACAGAACAGAAGUCUCAGUCUCCUCCGGAGGUGAAACUCUAGACGAAGACGAAGCAUUCAGAAUGCCAAACAGAGAGGAUUCCCCGGUCGUACGGCAGCCAAGGAAGCGCAAGAAAAAGGAUGACGAGCCCAUCUCGGAGCCGAGCUUUGGGUCUUGUAACAUACAGGACUUGGAGGACGACGAUGUGGCCAUCGAGACCGGCCUGCGCCUAGCGUUGGUACAGGCCACCCGCCUUACUCUAGAGGUAGAUGGUGCGCAAGAAGUAGGGGAGAUCGCAGACCACAUAGUGGAGACGGCGCACGAACUGGACAAGACAGUUACGGCGCUCAACGACCUAUGGGCGACUCGGUCACCCAACAACUAUGGUGAAAAACUGGCACAUGCAACCCUAAAAACUUCCGACCUCCGGGAGCUUGGGGUGCAGUAUAGCAUUAUGCAAGAAUGCAUAGAAAAACAGAAAGGAAGAGGCAUAAACCGAGUAAUACAAGACGCGUGCUCAAAAACCGGAGUACUACUCAAGCGGAUCAGCGAACGCGUUGAGACUGACACGGGGCCCCAAGUUCCGCUGGCAGUCACGUCAAGCCCGUCCGUUGAAAAACCAUUGGAGACUGUCCAGGUGCCCGUGGACGGCAAGGACCGGGACACUAAGAAAGUAAAGAAGAAAAGAAAGAAAAAGAAGGAAAAAGAGCCAGCAAAACCUGGAGACAAGACGACAAGACGCAAACUUGCACCUCCUCGACCACAAGGGAUUGUUAUCUCUAGGGCCGAUGGUGGUGGUAGUUAUGCCGACAUAGCCAGGAAGCUUAAGGACAAUAUUGACCUUAAUGCUCUGGGUGUCUCAAUCCAGGCAGUGCGUAAAACGAAGGAGGGCCAUUUGGCCAUCACAGUGGGCAAAGGAGCCGAUGCCAGCCAGGCUGCUCUCAAGCUCAAAGCUGCGGCGCAAGACUUACUCGGAUCCGACAUCGGUAUUCGAGCAUCGUCCAACAAACAGGUUGUGGAGAUAAGAGACAUCAGCGCGGAGGACGGAGCCGGUGAUGUAUACGCUGGCAUAUGUCAAGAAGGUGCCAACAUGAAUGAAGUUAGUGUUCAGAGGAUCACCCCCUCAUACGGAGGAACACAAAAGGCGAUCGUUACGGUGACGGCAGAAGUUGCAAAUGACAUCUGUAAGAAGGGGAAAGUAAGAAUCGGAUGGGUCUUGUGCCGUGUUCGACCAGCAGAACGACGUCUGGACCGAUGCUUCCACUGCCAUGGCUACGGCCACAGGCAGGCGGGAUGCAAAGGCCCAGACCGAAGAAAACUUUGCAUGACUUGUGGUGGGGUCGAACAUCGCGCAAGCGACUGCCAGGCACCCAGACACUGUGUUCUAUGUGAGGAGAUGCAAAAGAAGUGUGAUCAUUACCCAGGCAGCAGUCCAUGCGAGGCGUUCCGGAAGGCCAAGGCUGGAAGGUAACGGCAACAGGACCCUUGGCUUAAUUAAA